AUUUCAUAUCCCGCUUUGUUAGUGCAGUAUUUGUAUUUAUUAUAACAUCAUUACACCGGUUCGGGGUUCAAAGUUUUCGCAGCACGUGAUAAGAAUUGUUUUGUAUUUCCAUGGCCGAAAAAAUUUGUGCGAAUUGUCAUUUGGCAAUAAGAGACCCUUUUAUCAUGCAGAUGGGUUCCGAGUUUUGGCACGAAACAUGCUUGACCUGCCAAGUAUGCCGUGUGGUCCUGAAGGAUUCUUGUUUUAAGCGCGAUACUAAAAUCCUCUGCAAAAACGACUACGAACGGUUGUUUGGCAUAAAAUGUUCGGUAUGUAACCAGUUGGUGCCAGGACGGGAGUUAGUGAUGCGGGUGCUGGGAAAUAUCUAUCAUCUACGGUGUUUCAUGUGUUCCCUUUGCGGGCGAUCGUUACAAAAAGGGGAUCAAUUCAUAAUUCGCAAUGGACAGAUCAUAUGUUCUAUGGACUUUGAUAGAGAACCUAUACCGUUCCAACAAUGCGUUGCAUUCAGCUCGGUUCUAAGCUGCAUGGAUAAGCUUGCUGGUACAGAUGAAAACAUUCUAUUGAUUUCACAUCCUCACACUGCUGCGGAUACUUCCCGACGGGGCCCGAAACGUCCGCGAACAAUCUUGACCAGUCACCAACGCCGAGCAUUUAAAUCUUCGUUUGAAGUCAGCCCGAAACCUUGCCGGAAAGUCCGUGAAUCACUGGCAAAGGAUUUGGGUCUAAGCGUUCGCGUUGUUCAGGUUUGGUUCCAAAAUCAAAGAGCUAAGAUAAAGAAGCUGCAGCGCCGUCAGCAACAAGUGCAGCAGCAGCCGAAAUCCGGGAACAACGUGGAUAAGGAUGCCGACAGUGAUGACGACAGUAUUUCGAUCUUAAGCUCACUGGACCUGGAUGAUCUCAAGUCGGACCCGGAUAGUGAAAAAUCUACCUCAAGGGAGAUAAAAGAACACAAAGCCAGCAAAAUUCCAAAAACUGCAUCCACAAAAAAAUCGCGAACUUCAAAACGGUCGGGUUUCGUUGCCGACGAGAAUGCCGGUACAAAAAAGGCCGCGCGAAAACCGACCGGCUUUUCACUGGAUUCUUUGACCUCACUGGCGUUAUCUCCAAGUGCCUCCACUAUGGAGGACACUACGGAAGCUGAUCUCUUGAAGGCUCUACAACGCCGUUCCGGAUUUGACUGUAGUUCGAGUAGCUCGGAUAUCAAAGGACACGAACUGAAUCCUAUUGACAGCCUGUAUUCCAUGCAUUCUUCUUAUUUUAACUCUGAAUAAUCGCAAAAAAACUGUUGACCUUUAAAAAUUUCAGUGCAAUGUCCGAGUUCAUUUUUUGAGAAUAGUCUAUCGUUUUAACUGUCGUUUGUUUUGUAAUGACCAUUUUGAAAUUGUGGAUCUCAGGAGGGUAUACGUACAUAUAUUUAC